GGAAGCACUUGUCUUCCACGGCACUACCACCGGUACCACUGUACCAGCACCAGCUUCUCGGUUCUCAUCUAGCAACGACAAUGGCCAUCUCUCUGCAGCUGGCCCCUCCGAUCGUUGGCCUUCCUCCUAGAAUCGGCUGCACGGGCAGAAGGACACGGGUGUGUACUGUUAGCUGCAAACAUACUCAGUCAACGGAUGUCCAUGGAGCAAGCCUAACAAGCACUAGCAGGACAUCCCGUAGAGGUACCCUGGCAUACAUUUCGUCUGCCUUCUUGGCAACUUUCCUGGUGGUUGAUCGUGCAGAAGCCAGAACAUCGAGGCAAGAGAACAAGAGGAAAGUAAUGGAGAAGCUGGAGAAGACAAGGGAGAAGGCAUUGGGCCCAAAGGUGAAAAAUGAGGAAACGGGCGAGAAGGAGUCUGUGGCGAACUUGCUGAUCCCUCCUGCUUUGGUUGAUGCUUACAUCAAGGCAUAAUGUGAAAUUUAUGUUGUUGCUCAGUGGUCACUGUCCUGAAUGUAAUAGUAACCCUUGAAAUUAAGAAGCCCGGCCAAAGAAGUUUCCUGUCUA